AUGAAGGAGAAGCGGUCGUGGCCCGAGCUGCUGCAGCGGUAUUCCGCCGACGAUCUGACGUACGAAACGGACCGGCAUGUUGCACUGGAAGGUGUUGUCGGCCAGAUAAAGACAACCAUGGAAGGGUCCUACCAUUUUGGAGUCUGGACACAUAUACCUGAGUUGCUACUGUGGGUGAUGGGUGGGCCAGAGUACGACUUCAAAGGUCCAGAGGCGCCGUCUUGGAGCUUUGCGGCCAGGUGCGGAUCGAAGUUUUACUGGCAGACUAUGGUGCAGUUUGGCUUUAACCUGACCGCGGUAUAUCACAUAGAAGGCGGUCUUCGAAUCGAUGAGACGGGAGUCUUGAGUACCACUGCACCAGUAGCAUCGCUCGUAGCAACAGAGACGAGUCGAAACUGGAUCGCCGCCCAGAACUACGUUCCAUGGGCAUGCUCUCUGAUUCCCGAAUCCGCACUGCUGUACUUUGCGCACUCAACAAGCCGCCCUGUGCUCUUUCUCUUCGACCCCGGAAAUCCUAACCGCGAGACUGCUAUUGGACUCGUGAGCCUAGACGAUUCUGUAAUUCCUGAUUGCGUGGCCACAACCAGUCACGUGCAAUGCGUUCUCCUGUCUUCCUGCGAGCGGCUUUGUCAUAUGUUCGACCGCAAAUUGGCACCGAUCAUGGAGAAAAAAAGCCUCUUGCUCUUCGAUGAUAGUGACGGAAGCAAUGUCCUGCCUUCACCUCUCCCUAACGUAAUGCCGUCUCCUCAGUAUCUAGAAAACCCAGUCCCGAAUUUCGAUUUACCUGAGCGAUUCGAGGACAUGAUUUUGCCUGAGCUGCUGAAGUAUAAUUUCAUAUUUGAUACGAGUAGGUUCGGAGACGAAGCGAAGGUAAGUGUGAUAUUGGGAAAGGGUAUGUUGGGUUAUGUUGGUGAGCGAGGUAGAAGGAAAGCAGGGGUUCUGGAAAAGGAUUGGAAUGGGUAUCUUGGGGGUGGCGCCAGGAGACUUGGGGUUUAA